AUGGCUGCGACGCAGGCUGAGUCUCAGCGUGGCGAAGCGAACGUAGAUCAGAAUUCAUCAGAACAGCUCAGUGAAUCUCGGAACGCUUUAUUACAAAACGGCACCGAUAAGUCCAUCGGGCGCGUACCGCCCGAUGGCGUUGUGAACACAAAGAGUAAAUCGCCGAUGUCGGCCGAUCCGGGUCCGCCACGCGACGCUGGAGAGGCGCCGGGCCACGACCGGGGCGGCGAGCGGCCGAUACCGGACCAGUACAGCUCGUACCGUUAUCCAGAAGGCGCAGAUCCUUAUUAUGCUCAACGGCCAGGUUUUCCCGGCAAACCGAGGCCCCCGCCCCAGCAGCGAUUCUUCCCAGGACAAGCAGUGUCGCAGGCGCCAGGCCCUACGCCUACCUUGAAUUCGUUGUUGCAAUCUAGUGGAGCGCCGCCUCACCGGUACCCCAACAGCUACGACCAGCCCCCGGGUGGCUAUGGACCUGCUCCCGGGUGGCCACCGCCUAGGCCUAUGCCGCCGUACAAUCCUCAAGGAAGCCCAUAUAGAAAUUCAACGCCACCUCGCGGGUAUGGGCCUCCGUACGGCUCCGGAGCGCCCGGGGGUCAGCCCCCCGGAGCGUACGGUCCGCCGGGCUCCUACCAGCCGAGGUAUCCGCCAGGGGCUCCCAACUCGAGACCGCCUUUCACACAUCAGGUGUACGAGCGUGGUGGGUCCCCGCAGCCGCCCACCCAUCCACCGGGCGCCCCGAGUCCCGGCACAGCACAGAACCCUCCAGGAGGAUUGUCCCCGACACAGGACUCGCAGCACCCGCCCCACUUGCCGCCCGGGGCGCAGCCUCCGCAUCAGGGCUACCCUCCACCGCCGAGACCAGCUCAGCCAUCAACACCCAAUGCACACGAUCAGGACGCGGAUCUGACCGGUCAGAACAGCAAUGAUUCCGGCGGCAGCGGUGGCGCGGGGCGCGCUUCCACGCCGCACUUGAGGCCCACACCGAGCCCCACCGGCUCCAGUGGAUCGCGAUCCAUGUCACCGGCUGUCGGUACCCAGAAUCUACCGAUGCCACCGCGGCCGUCGUCGUCUCUAUCGGACGGCAGCGGGCCGACCGUGCGAGCAGGCACCGGCGCCCCCGCUGCUGGCCCUCCGCCCUCGGGCGCUCCGCCCCCCGGAGCCAUGCUGCCGCAGCCCUACCCGCACCACGGGCCGUACAAGACGGCGCCCUACCCGCCGCAGCCCUACGGCUACCCCCCGCGCAACCACCACCCCUACCCUUACGGAGGAUACAGGCCGACACCUCCGCCACAUCCCUCACAGCAUUACCCGCCACUCAAGCAGGCGGGUCGUCACAUGGGUCCGCCGGCGGGUGCUGGCGAGGCUAUGCCGCCGCCGACCGCGCCCGGGGAGCCCCACGACAACGGACCAGCGGCGCCCGCCACUGCGCUCGUCACCACCGGCCCCGACGGAGCGCCGCUGGACGAGGGCAGCCAACAGAGCACACUCAGCAACGCGUCCGCUGCGUCCGGCGAGGAGACGUGCGGUACACCCAAGAGUCGGAAGGAGUACGGCGCGGGCAGCGCGGCGCCCUCGCCCUCGCCCGGCGGAGCCUCGCACUCGUCCGUACACGACGACUACGACGCCUCCGCCUCGCCCUGGCCGAGACCGCCCUCUAGUCCCGUGUUUAACAGUCACAUAGCGCCGGAGUCCUACAGAUCAAAGAAGUCGGACUCGCUGGGCAAGCUGUACGAGAUGGACGACGCGCCGGAGAGGAGGGGCUGGGUGGAGAGGCUGCUGGCCUUCAUGGACGAGAGGCGUACGCCCAUCGCCGCCUGCCCCACCAUCAGCAAGCAGCCGCUGGACCUGUACAGGCUGUACCUGCUGGUGCGGGACCGCGGGGGCUUCGUGGAGGUGACAAAAAAUAAAACGUGGAAAGACAUAGCCGGGUUACUCGGCAUCGGCGCGUCGUCAUCGGCCGCUUACACUCUGAGGAAGCAUUACACGAAGAACCUGCUGGCGUACGAGUGUCAAUUCGACCGCGGGGGCAUUGACCCCCAGCCCAUCAUCAGCCAGGUCGAGGCGUCCACCAAGAAGAAGAGCGGGAAGGCAAACAGCACCUCCAGCGCAGGGUCAUCGAACUCCCAGGAGCAGUUCCCGGGCGGCGCGGCGGACGGCUACCCGUCACACGGCGCGCACCCCGCACACUACGCACCCUACCCGCCGCAGCCGAGCCAGCCGCAGGGCGGCGGGCCGGGCGGCGACAACCUCGCCGCCUCCAACCCGUUCGACGAGCCGCCGGGGCCCAGGCGACCCCCAGGUUACCAACAAGGUUACGGGUACGAGUACGGCUCGCCCUACCCCACCAACAGGCCGGUGUACCCGCCAUACGGUCCGGAAGGAGACAGGGGUUACGGCGGUAGCGGAGAGUACCGCUACGGGUACGGCGGUUACCGUGCGGGGGCGCCUGCGGCCGGCGCUCCGCCCUCGCAGCCCGCGCCCGCGCAGCCCGCACCGGCCCAGCCGGCGCAGCCCUACCCGGACUACUACCGCGCGCCGCACCCUCACGCGCACCCUCACCCGCCGCACCCGCCGCACCCCCCGCACCCUCCACACCCGCCGCACUCGCCGCAGCAGCAGCACGACCUGUCCGGGGGCGCGGGUCUGCUCAGCUCGCAGCUCGCUCGUCAGCUCGUGGCGCCGCUGCCGUCCCCGCGGAGCGCCUACGGCGGCGGAGCCAGCGCGGGCGGCCCGGCCGGAGCGCCCCGGCGGCAUCCAGACUUCGCCAAGCAAGAGGGGUACGCGGGCCCGGGAGGCCCGGGCGGCCCGGCAGGGGCGGCGCGGUUCGCAGGCGGCGGCUGGGCGGGCGGCUUCCCCCGCGGCGGGCCCGCCCCCGCCUGGCGGCCCCCCGCGCCCCUCCCGCACGCGCCGCACCACCCGCACCAGCCGGCCUGGCCCCACCACCAGCCGCACCAGCCGCAUCAACCUUACCACCCGCCGACGCCGGGCGGCGUGGCGUGGGGCGCCCCGCGGCCGCCGCAGGAACUACCGCCCGCCGCGUCUUCACCCGGUGCAGCGGGCGUAGGUCAAUUAAAGAGGGAAUUAACGUUCCCCGCCGAGUGUAUAGAGGCGACCGUCCCCGCCGCGGAGAAGCGUCGCCGACUGACCAAGGCCGACGUGGCGCCCGUCGACGCCUGGAGGAUCAUGAUGGCGCUCAAGUCCGGGCUGCUGGCCGAGACCUGCUGGGCCCUCGACAUACUCAACAUUCUACUCUUCGACGACAACUGUAUAGGAUACUUUGGGCUCCAGCACAUGCCCGGCCUACUCGACCUGCUGCUCGAGCACUUCCAGAAGAGUCUCGGAGACGUGUUCGACGCCCCCGCCGCCGAGAGCGAGCCGUGGUACGCGCCGCCCGCCAGCCCUGAGCCCGUGACGAGAGCGAGGCGGAGGGCCGACCCGCCCGACCCCGCCGACCGGCUGCGGGUGCUCUCCUGCGAGAACUACACGUUGCAAUCACGGCGCCGCACGCCCGUCACCAUGGUGUCCCGGGUCGACCGCGCCGACGAGGAGCUGUUCGCGCCCGACGACCCCGAGCCCGACCGAGACGUGGACGACGUCACGGAGCCCUGGCAGCUCGGCGGGGAGUCGGCCGGCGCGCACGUCAUGCCCUGCUUCCGGGGGGAGUUCGUACACCUGCCGUUCGUGCGCGUGCUGCCCGGCGAGCGGCCGCCCUCGCCGCCCGCCCCCGCGCCCGCGCCGCCGCCCUCAUCCCCGCGGUGUCCGCCCGCUACAGCCUCCUCGCCGGAGUGUUCGCCCGCGACCACGCCGCCUCCCGCCGACGCUGACAACCUGGAAGCGGAGCCCAUGGAGCUGGAGCCCGAGAGGCGGCCGACGCUACAAGUGAGAGACCCCGCCGGUGUGAUGAAACGACGCCGGCUAGAGGACUACGAGGACGAGUGUUACACGCGCGAUGAGCCCAGCCUCAACUUAGUGAACGAAUCCCGCGACGCUCUCGCGAGACGAUGUAUCGCCUUAUCGAAUAUAUUACGUGGACUCACGUUCGUGCCGGGGAACGAGGCGGAAUUCUCCAGGUCCGGGGCGUUCCUCGCGCUCGCCGGGAAACUGUUGUUGCUUCAUCACGAACACGCGCCUAGAGCCGCGAGGGCGAGGGCCUACGAGCGAGCGGCCAGGGACGAGGUGGACGCGGACUCGUGCUGCUCCAGUCUGAGGGGCGAGGGGGAGUGGUGGUGGGACACGCUGGCCCAGCUGCGGGAGGACGCGCUCGUGUGCUGCGCCAACAUCGCAGGAAGCGUGGAACUCGGCGGACAACCCGAGGCCGUGGCGCGGCCGCUGCUGGACGGCCUGCUGCACUGGAGCGUGUGCCCGGCGGCCGUGGCGGGAGACGCACCGCCGGCCGCCGCGCCCGGCUCGCCGCUGUCGCCGCGUCGCCUCGCUCUGGAGGCGCUGUGCAAGCUGUGCGUGACGGACGCCAACGUGGAUUUGGUGCUGGCGACACCGCCGCGCGGUCGAAUGGCGGCUCUGUGCGCGGGCCUGGCGCGGGACCUCUGUCGACCGGAGCGGCCCGUGGUGCGCGAAUUCGCCGUCAACCUGCUGCACUACCUGGCGGGCGCGGGCGGUGCGGCGGCGCGCGAGGUGGCCAUGCACGCGCCGGCCGUGGCGCAGCUGGUGGCCUUCAUCGAGCGCGCGGAGCAGACGGCGCUGGGCGUGGCCAACCAGCACGGGGUGGCGGCGCUGCGGGACAACCCGGACGCGAUGGGCACGUCGCUGGACAUGCUGCGGCGUGCGGCGGCCACGCUGCUGCGGCUGGCGGAGCACCCCGAGAACCGGCCGCUGAUCCGGCGCCACGAGCGGCGCCUGCUGUCGCUGGUCAUGAGCCAGAUCCUGGACCAGAAGGUGGCGCACGAGCUGGCCGACGUGCUGUUUCACUGCAGCCAGGCGGCGCCCCCCGCGGACUGA